GCCUCUAUAGCUGCUUGCGCUGCCGGCGCGACGUUUGCGCACGCGCACCAGUGCCGUAGACCCCAGUACCCCGCGCGGACGUCCACUGUCAUACGCAAAUAUGAGUUCUCUUAUCGUCUUCCUCGCUUGCUUUGUCUACGCGAAAGCAGGGAUCCUACUAGAGCACGCACCAGCAUGCCCUGAGCAAUAUGGAGUUCAAUCGUACGCGCAUCCGGAGCUCUGCGAUCAGUUCUUCCUGUGCACGAACGGCACUUUGACCGUCGAGACCUGUGAGAAUGGACUGCUGUUCGACGGCAAAGGUGCCGUACACAACCAUUGCAACUACCACUGGGCUGUUAAUUGCGGAGACAGGAAGGCUGACCUGACCCCUCUGUCAUCACCUGGCUGCGAAUAUCAAUUCGGCAUCUACCCGGACAGCAACGAGUGCUCGACGAGUUACGUGAAGUGCGCUUACGGCAUUCCCAACCAGGAGCCUUGCACGCCAGGACUUGCCUACGACGACCGCAUCCACGGAUGCAACUGGCCAGACUUAUUACAACCUUUCUGCAACCCUGAAGCGGUCGUCGGCUUCAAAUGCCCGACUAAAGUGCCUGCCAACACGCAAUCCGCCAAGUUCUGGCCGUUCCCCCGCUUCCCCGUCCCUGGUGACUGCCACCGUCUCAUUACUUGUGUCGAGGGUCAGCCUAGAUUGGUCACAUGCGAAGAGGGCAAAGUGUUCGACGACCAGAACCUGACAUGCGAGGAUCCUGAACUUGUUCCACAUUGCGCGCAUGCGUAAGAGUUGAAUGGUAUUGCAAAACGAAAAUUAACAAAACAUUUUUCCAGUACAUGGGUAAUAGACGCCAUAACAAUUUAUCGUAUGGAAUGUAAUGUUAGAAACUACAGCAGUGAAAUGAUUUUUUUUAAUUUCAAAUACC